GCGGUUCCUUCUGCAUCAGACUUCUCCCAUGGCGACCGAUCUGCACUCUCCGCGGCCGAAAUCGGCGGCGGAUCUGUUCGGUGACCCGAUAGAGGACUCCCGCCCGCUAUGGUUAAAUCCCUCAAAGUUCUCCGAUGCGGAAUUUGACCCGGAGGCGUACAUCGCCGAUCUCCGCACUUUCGUCCCCUUCGACACGCUGCGGUCGGAGCUCCGAUCUCAUCUGGGUGUCCUAAAGCACGAGCUUGUAGAAUUGAUAAAUCGAGAUUAUGCCGAUUUCGUGAGCCUCAGUACCAAACUAGUAGACAUCGAUGGCGCCGUGGUGCGGAUGCGAGCGCCAUUGCUUGAGAUAAAGGAUAAGAUUUUGGCAUUUCGUGGCUCAGUUGAGGGUUCUUUGACUGCGUUGCAGAGCCGACUCAAGCAGCGGGCUCAAGCCAAUGAGGCGCGGGAGGUGCUGGAGUUGUUGCUGGAUACAUUUCAUGUUGUUUCCAAGGUUGAAAAACUGAUAAAGGAGCUGCCUAGUGUCACAGAGGAAUGGUCCAAUGGAAAUUCUACAGAAAAGGGUCAAUUAAGCAAUGGAAUUUCCGUGCCGCAUGCAGAAUAUGGAGCAAACAUAAGGGAGACACAAAGCAUGCUUCUGGAAAGAAUCGCUAGUGAAAUGAACAGGCUGAAGUUCUAUAUGACUCAUGCGCAGAAUAUGCCGUUCAUCGAGAACAUGCAGAAGAGGAUUCAGAGUGCUAGCCAGUUACUUGAUACAAGCUUGGGGCACUGCUUUGUAGAUGGGUUGGAGCAUAGAGAUGAAAAUGCAAUAUACAAUUGUUUACGCGCAUAUGCUGCCAUCGAUAAUACCAGCAGCCCUGAAGAAAUUUUCAGCUCUACAAUUGUUGCACCAUUUAUGCAGAAAGUUAUCCCUCAUACCUCAUCUGGAGCUGUGGAUGGGUUAUCUGAAGAUGAUCUGGAACCAGAUUAUGAAAAAAUUAAGCUCUGCAUUGAAGACGAUUGCAAAUUUCUAUUGGAAAUAUCUUCAACAGAGAAUUCUGGUCUACAUGUAUUUAGCUUUCUUGCAAAUUCUAUUCUCAAAGAGGUUGCAUUGGCCAUUCAAAAAGGAAAGCCUGGGGCUUUCUCUCCUGGAAGGCCCACUGAGUUCCUGAAAAAUUAUAAAGCAAGCCUGAAUUUCUUGGAUUAUCUGGAAGGGUACUGUCCCUCUAGAUCUGCUGUUUCUAAAUUUCGGACGGAACCAGUUUAUGUAGAGUUUAUGAAGCAAUGGAAUACUGGGGUUUAUUUCUCUCUGAGGUUUCAGGAAAUAGCUGGGGCUUUGGAUUCUGCACUUGUGACUUCAACACUUGUACCCUCUUCUCAAAGCUCUUCUGCAAACCAGGAUCCUCAUCAUACCUUGGUGUUGAAACAAAGUAUUUCCCUUAUGGAUAGCUUGAGAUUGUGCUGGAGCGAUGAUGUUUUUCUACUUUCUUGCUCUGACAAGUUUUUGCGCCUAUGUUUACAACUUCUUUCAAGGUACUGUAAUUGGUUAUCAGCUGGGUUGAAUGCUCGCAAGAAUGGAGGUGCAAAUGCAAAUUUUGGAUCUGAAUGGGCCAUUUCUGGUGCCCCUGAUGAUUUUCUUUAUAUUAUUCAUGAUUUACAAUGCCUAGUUGAUGAAAUAUGUGGAGAUUACCUGGGGAAUGUACUGGAUGUUCUAAAGUCAUGUUCCAUAGAAGUGCUCGAUUUCGUGAAGCAGAGUGUUUCACAGGGAGGCAAUUCGUUAAAAGUUCUUCAGCCUCUAGUAUUGAAUGCAAUUGUUGACAUUCUGGUUGAGAAAUCUGUGGAGGACUUGCGGCAACUGAAAGGAAUAACUGCAACAUAUAGGAUGACCAACAAACCUCUUCCUGUUCGUCACUCACUGUAUGUCUCAGGCGUAUUGCGUCCUUUAAAGACUUUUCUUGAUGGAGAUCAAGCUGCUAAAUAUUUGACAAGUGAUCUCCGGAAGGAACUCGUACAGACUUCUGCUAAUUCAAUUACUCAACGGUAUCACGAAUUAGCUGCUGACCUCAUCAAUGUGGCCAGAAAAACAGAGUCAUCUCUUCAGAAAAUACGUUUAGGUGCACAAAGACGAGCAGGAGCUAGCUCAGAUGUUUCCGACCAAAAUGUCUCUGAUACAGACAAGAUGUGCAUGCAGUUAUUUCUCGAUAUUCAGGAAUAUGGGCGUAACCUUGGUUCCCUUGGGGUUGAUGCUGCUGAUAUUCCGGCCUACCGUUGGUUGUGGCAAUUAGUGGCCCCUUCAGAAAGGCAAAACACAAUCAGCUUCUAACCUGCCAUUAUUAUCUGUAGAGUUUGAGCAUUCCUUGUAUGUUGAAUGAAGUAUUUUAUGUACCAAAUUCUCUUUUUUGUGCUUCAGAGGUUUUGUUUUGGCCACAACUUUUGUCUAUGUUGUUGAGUUUAAGCCUCUUCCUUGGGGACUGACUACACACACGUGCAAACAUAUAUAUAUAUAUUGUUU